UCCAACUCUACGUAGAAAUUUAAAAAACCUACUCACAUAAAAUCUCCAACUUCCUAGUGCCCAUCCACUGUAUCUGUAACAGAAUGUUGCAAUGACAAUUUUACAUGUCGAAAUUUAAGUAUAGGUGAAGAUUUUGGAAGAGGGAUGGCAACAACAAUUAAUAUUCAUUUAAAAUUAAAAAUAAUUCAAUACCAUCCAAUCCGAUCCACUUCAGUCCUGCAUAUUGCUGUUUCUGAUGAAGAGCCUAUACCAGCAACAAGAACAUAAACAGAGAGAAAUUAAUCAAAUUAGUCAUAUUGAAAAUGGUGAAUUUAUCAUUUAGAAAUAUGGUACUUUGAGCUAUGAACUUGGAGUAAAUUCAAUAUCCAGAUUUCAGAAGCAUUUCGUAGUUAGAUACACAGACAGAAUUGAAGGACAAGAAUUGACCAAAGAAGCAGCAAAGUUUCAAAUAUACAGAGUCACACACUCAGUUAUGGAUCCCAUUUUCCAUUUCUCUCCAAAUUUAGCUUCACUCUUUUCUUCCUUCUCCAACUCCUCCAAAUUCCACUCCUCUCGGGGUCCUCUGUCCUUGCUCAGCUUGGCUAGCAGAAUCAUAGCGGGAGAGAGGUGGUUUGUGCACCCAAAUGCAAGGAAAACAAGAUCAGGAGUGGUCGUUUCCAAGAAAGUGUCACCGAUACUGUCAAGAGAUCUGCAGAGUCUAUCUCCUUUGAUAAGGCCUUUUAUAAGCAUGAUAUCAUGGGAAGUAGGGUCCAUACUUCUAUGCUCGCCAAACAGCUUUUUGUACUUCUUUUCUGGGUCUCUCUGAGAUAUUGUGUUCAGGAUUGUUUGGUUUCCAGGAAAAUGUAGGGAUUGAUCAGCAUCAAUGAUAAGGACAGUAUUCUUGAAGGUCUUGAUGAGAUAGAGAGGCUCAUUGAAAAUGGUGAGUUUGUAUGGGGAGUUGACAGAGAAGAUGUUCAUAUGAACAUUGAAGCAGCACUUAAUAAUAUGAUUGGUGAACCUGCAAAGAAACUUCAUACCGCUCGGAGUUGAAACGAUCAAGUGUUAAAAUUCACCUAGACAAAAAACAGAAAAUGCUGAGCAUAUAUAAUGUAAAGCCCCAGCCUAUUAUUAUUUCAUUAUUUCACGGUAUUGAUGCAGUCUCAGAAAGAUUUUGUAUUGGAGUUUCUUUCUGUUAAUUCUAUUGAGGCAAUUCAUCUUUCUUGGCUUGGGGAAGAAUGGGCAUUGUGGGCUUCAGAAAGGUUUGGAUUUAUCACUCCAAGUGACCCUGUCUCCUCUGGAAGUAGUCUCAUGCCUUAGAAGAAAAAUCCAAGUCCUGUGGGGCUUGUUUGCGGAAAGUCCACUAGAGCAGUAGGAGACCUUGUUACUCUUCUCGAACUUUCGAAAGGUCUUCCUUCUGCUUAUAAUUGUGAUUUGCAGGAAGAUAAAGAACCUGUAUUUGACAGUGUAAAGACAGUACUAGGCAUGCUUGAAAUGUCAGCGGAGUUUGCGCAGAACAUUACUUUUAAUCAAGAAAGAAUAACAAAUGCUUUACAAGGUAGUACCCUUCAGAACUUCUCAUGGCAUAGUUGGAAGGUUAGUUGCCUUGUGUAUCACAUAGAUUUGCCAGCUUAAGUACCUAAGUCUUUAUGAACUUAGGAGUAUAAAUCCCAUGUUUGAUACCGAUGUUUAUGAACUUCUUGAAGUUGAAAAUGCAGUUGAGAAAUUAUGCUCAUAUGGUUAAACCGGAUCAGAAUGCGUUGCCAAUCAACUCAACCACUGGAUUACAAAACUCGAAAUCAGCGCAAAGCCUUAAUAAUUAACAAAAUGUGGAGGCAAAAAUCUUAUGCUGACUCUGGUAACAAUUGGAAAACCAUCUUCAGAAACUUGACAUAGUUAUAGUUCUUCAAUGACGUCAAAUAAUCUUGAAUACAAAAAAAAAAAAAAAAAAAAAAAAAAAAGGGAAAAUAGAUGGCUUAAAGAUCAGCAAACAAAAGGUGACACUUAUUUUGCUUUCCGGAAGUGCUUCUGCUUUUGGUUACUUAUUUCUACAUUGCUAGACUGAUCCUAAUUGUAAAUAAAUUCAUAUCUAGCUGUGGAAAUGGUAUUGCAUGGCCAUUGCAUAUAAUUUGUAAAACUAUCAUGGGAAAACAAUUGUUUCUGUAAGGAUUAGCUGUUAUAGUAAAUCGAACCAUACCCAGAGGGCAAUUCUUUUGUUCAUACGAACUUCGGCAAAUGCGGAAAAUGUCCUGAAAGACACAUUCAAAGUCAACAAACUUGAAGAGGGAGGGAGUUAAAAAAGAUCAUUACAGGUAAUUGAAUUUAUCACAGACCUACAAAGUGCUACUAGAAGUAAAGGACCGGAAAUUUUAUGUAGGAGUGAUUUUUGGGAUGGAAAAUUUUCAAUGGUGGUGAUAUAUUUUGACAAUUUUAUUAUUGUUAUUAUUUAUUUAUUACUUAUUUUUUUAAGAUUUCCUCAUUGAUUAAAUUUCUUUGUCAUAUUAAUUAUCCCUAUGAAUGAAAUAUAUUAAGCAUAUACAUGUAUAAUGUACUUUAUACAUAUAUAAUGAAUCUACAGCUGGCCAUCUUCAGAUAUUGGUGGACAUGCAUGAACACCCACAAGCCACAACGUGACCUCCUCUAUUUCUAAAAAUCUAGAGAUCCUCAUUUGUCCAAAGACCGGGUCUCCUGCUUUAAGUUUCCCACCAAACACAAAAACAAAGAAAAAUAAAAUGAAAAAAAGAUAAAAAAAAAUUCAAAAAUCAGAAAGAGAAAAAAAUCUAUACCGGUUUCAAUAAAAUGACUUAACCUGUUAACUAUUCUUCUCUUUUCCUGCAAUUUUCCCUUCCCCAAAAAAAUUUGUCUGAAUCCAUUUCUCUUUUUCCGAAAUAUCUAUGCAGCCAAUACUCCAGGAGGCCAUGCAUACCAUUUCCUGGGGUUAGGUUGAUCGUUCUUGCAAACCUCCAUUUCUCAAACAAAUAUUCAGCUUCACAUUUUUCAAUUUUGCAAACUUUUUGUUUUUAUCUUUUGGAAACUGAUCUCCUUUCAAAAGUUGAUAUAAAUGGGGGACACUUCACCGGAUAGGAGAUCAAGUUGUGGCCUAUUAACCGCGGUGUUUGGUGGAAGAAGAGGUUUUUGGCCAAGAAGAUCAACCUCAACAGGUUCUCUUCCAGCCAUCAGUGAAACUAGUAGUACAGAAUUUGUUAGGACACCUAGCACACCAAACUCGAAACGCAGACGCAAUGGUUCCACUGAAAUUCCAUUCCAGUUUGAUUCCUCACAAGAUGUUUCAUCGUCAACAGCUCCAUCAAAACCCAUUAACAAACCUCCUCCAAGCAAUAACCAAAGGGCAGUCCAUGUCCAUGUACAAAACCAGAACAAGAACCAGAACCAGAACCAGAACCAAAACCAGAACAGCCAAAACCAUUCCAGAAGUAUACCUACUUAUCAAGUCUAUGUCAACCAAGGAAGAAGGGUACCAAAGGAUGCCGUUGGAAUAUCUGGUGAGCUCGAAAGCAUGAUUGCUGACCACCAAAAAAACAGAGGAAGCAACACGCUAGUUCGGGCUUCGUCAAGCAAUGUAAUGCUCCAUGGGAAUUUAGGAAAUUUAAGACAGCCUGGUGGUGGAAACAAUAUAAAUUCUAAUAAAGUUCUUGAUUAUCUUCCAAAAACCGCAAGAGAGGACGACGAUGACGACGAUGAUGACAAUGAUCGGAUUGGACAAAGCACAAUGAGGUAUGGAAGAUAUGCAAAUGAUGUAGGGAAGACUAGUCCUUCUGCUUAUAAUAAACCCUCCAUUGAUCAACAGCCUAGUUCUUUGUGUCGAGCUCUAUCGACUAGAAUGGACCCGGAAACGUUGAAGAUCUUGGGAAAUGAAGAUUAUAAAAAUGGAAGAUUUGCAGAGGCUUUGGCUUUGUAUGAUGCUGCUAUUUCUAUUGACCCUAAUAAGGCUUCCUAUAGGAGCAAUAAAAGUGCUGCUUUAACUGCUCUUGGUAGGAUUCUUGAGGCUGUUUUCGAGUGCAGAGAAGCCAUUCGGAUUGAACCUCAAUAUCAAAGAGCUCAUCAACGUUUGGCCAACUUAUAUCUAAGAUUAGGGGAAACAGAGAAAGCAACCUAUCACUACAAACAUGCUGGACCGGAGGCCGAUCCUGACGUUCUUACCAAAGUGAGAUCGGUUCAGGUUCAUCUCAACAAAUGCACAGAAGCUCGCAGGUUACGAGAUUGGAACACCCUUAUUAAGGAAACCAGAAAUGCCAUAUCUGCUGGUGCAGAUUCAGCGCCACAGAUAUAUGCUCUGCAAGCCGAGGCCUUGAUGAAGCUACAUAGACACGAAGAGGCAGAUCAAACACUGUCUAAUGGUCCAGAUUUUGAUGUUGAUUCUUGUACUAAAUUCCUUGGCCCCAUUAGUAACGCAAAUGUGGUAGCAGUGCGAGCUCAGGUUGACAUGGCUGCUGGAAGAUUCGAUGAUGCAUUAGCAGGAGCUCAACGAGCAACUCGACUCGAUUCGAACAAUAGGGAAGCAAACAUGGUGUUGAGGAAAGCUCGAGCAAUCUCGGCAGCUCGGUCAAAAGGGAACGAGCUUUUCAAGGCAGCAAGAUUCCCAGAGGCAAGCAAUGCUUAUAGUGAGGGACUCGAGCAUGAUCCAUACAACUCGGUUUUAUUGUGUAACCGAGCCGCUUGUUGGAGCAAACUCGACCAAUUCGACAAAGCCAUCAAUGACUGCUCGGCUGCUCUACAUGUUCGUCCGUCUUACAGCAAAGCCAGACUAAGAAGAGGAGAUUGCAACUACAAGUUGGAAAAUUGGGAAGCUUGUGUACAAGACUACGAGGUUUUGAUCAAAGAAACACCGGAAGAUGAGGAAGUGAUUAGAGCACUGUCGGAGGCAAAGGCAAAGCUCGGGAAACAACAGCAUGGUAAAGCUGCAAAACAUGUGGAAAGUGGUGGAGGAAAUGACAUUGCCUUGUAGCACAAGAAAGAAUUUUUUUUUUUUUUUUUGACUUGGAUAUAAAAAAGAAAUUAAUUAAGCAAGGGAAAUAGCUGAGCUAGCUUUUUGCAAUGGAAUUUGAAUGAUAUAGAUUGAAGAAUAUGAAAGUUGAGGCAGAAAAAUUGAAGGGAAACUAAUUAAUUAAUUGUUUUGCGUUUUGGAUAUGUAACACAACAUCUACAAGUAGUUGACCCAAUUUGUUUUUUGUGUAUAGUUUUUUAAUUUGUAUGUGUAAUUCAUUCUUUUAUUUAUUUAUUUAUUAUUAUUAUUA